GUCAGGAGGCUGGACUUUCUGGUUCCCUGACUCACUGUGAAUGACACUGAUCGAGCCGUGCCCUUCCCCUCCCCAGCCCAGGCAGCUGCCAGUGUGAGCUGGAGCCUUGAAAGAGCCUCAGCUCCCCGGCCCUAGUGCUGGACAGGAGCCCGGGAGGGGAAGGAACCGAAGCCGGGGCUGGGAGCAGAGCGAACCCAGGAGCCAGCCCCUCCAGCUGGAGCUGGGCUGGUCAUUCCAAUCCCGUGGGCCCCGAGGCCACCCCAGGACGUCUCCGAUGGGCACCGGGCAGCGAGUCCAUCCACCCAGCGCUGGGGGGAUCUACCGGGGGCUUAGCUGCCAAUGGCUGAUGCUGGCCGAAGGUCUGCGCUAAUUCUGCCCAUGCCCUCUGACCUCAGCCCCAGGAGAGCUCAAGAGCUGGGGCCGGGUCCCUGCAGAUUUCACCGAGGGCCUCACCCUUUGCCGAUAACCAGCCAUGCCCGGCCGGGCGCUCUGCCUCCUGUGCAGUUUGGUGAUGCCUGCCGCCUUCCUGUGUGCAGAUCUGCUUCCCAGGGUCACCUUCCCAAGAGGAGACGCCCGGAGGAUCCUAACCAGCUUCAGCAAGGACGGAAUCUUCAACUAUGAUACGUUCCUCUUGAGCGAAGACGAAGGCACUCUGUACGUGGGAGCUCGAGACACCCUCCUCUCGCUCCGGGUGGACAGUGCUGGGUCCAUGGAGCUGACGGGCUCAAUAGUGUGGCAACCCGUGCCUGAAAAAAAGCAGGAAUGUGUCUUUAAGAAGAAAAGCAACCUGACAGAGUGCUUCAACUUCAUCCGUGUCCUGGUGCCAGUGAACCAGACUUGCCUGUACACCUGUGGGACCUAUGCCUUCAGCCCCUACUGCUCUUACAUUAAUCUGGAGAAUUUCAGCCUGGUUUCUGCCGGCCAAGGGCAGCCUCUCCUCCAGGAUGGGAAGGGACAGUGCCCCUUCGACCCCCGCCACAAGUAUACGGCCAUCCUGGUGGAUGGUGAGCUCUACACGGGCACCAUGAACAAUUUCCAAGGAAAUGAGCCCAUAAUCUCCCGCGCCCUGGGCAACAGGACCCUGCUGAAGACCGAUGCCUUCCUCAGGUGGCUGAAUGUCGACGCAGGCUUCGUGGCCUCGGCCAACAUCCCUGGAGACGAGAAGGUCUAUUUCUUCUUCGAGGAGACGGCCGAGGAGUUUGAUUUCUUUGAGAAGCUCACGGUCUCCCGGGUGGCUCGUGUGUGCAAGAAGGACGUCGGCGGAGAGAAGGUGCUGCAGAAGAAAUGGACCACAUUCCUGAAAGCCCAGCUGACAUGCUUCCAGCCUGGACACUUCCCUUUCAACGUGAUCCAUCACUCCUUUGUCCUACCCCAGCCAGGAGGGGGCGCCGUCUUCUAUGGAGUCUUCACUUCACAAUGGCAGAUGGGAGACGCAGGCAGCACGGCAGUGUGCGCUUUCAACCUGGAGGACAUCGAAAGAGUCUUCAGCGGCAAAUACAAGGAGCUGAACAAGGAGAGCUCCCGGUGGACGACAUACAGCAAUGGGGUCCCUGAACCCCGCCCUGGCAGUUGCUCUGUGCGCCCAUCGGCAGACAAAGUCCUGACCUUCAUGAAAAACCAUUUCCUGAUGGAUGGGAAGGUUUUGCCCAGGAACAAGCAGCCGCUGCUGGUGAAGCAGAACGUGAAGUAUACGCGGAUCGCAGUCGAUCAGACCCGCAGUGUCUCGGGCACCUCCUAUGAGGUGAUGUUCCUGGGAACAGAUCAAGGGUUCCUGCACAAAGCAGUGGCUCUGGCCAGCGGUGCUCACAUCAUUGAGGAAAUCCAGCUGUUUAAGGACCCGGAACCUGUGCAGAACCUUCUGUUCUCACCUGGGAAGGGGAUCCUAUAUGUGGGGUACUCCAAGGGGGUCCUGCAGGUGCCGCUGGCCAACUGCAGCGUGUACAGGAGCUGUGCUGACUGUGUCCUUGCCCGAGACCCCUACUGCGCCUGGGACAGGCACAGCCAGUCGUGCCAGGAGACGCGAGGCACAAACAAAAACACGAGCGACUGGCUGCAGGACGUUGAGAGGGGCAGACCGGGGGCUACGUGCCAGCAGAUCAGUGGGAAAGGCAGGGCCACGCCCAGGUCUCGGGACGACUGGGGCAGCAGCUUGGUAAAAACUUUGAGCCCAGCGCUGAACUCCGUGAUCCGGCUGCCCUGCCCGCAGCUCUCCGCCCUGGCCAAUUACAACUGGAGCUACCCAGGGGCUAAGAGCCCAGCGGGGCUGACGCUGUUGGACAAUAAGACGCUGGUGAUCAUCAUGCAGCGCCAGGCGGCGGGCGAGUACACGUGCUGGGCCAGCGAGAACGGGCAUCGCCAAGCUGUGGCCCGCUAUGUGGUGCAGGACCCCACGGGAGACAGCAUCCUGAGCGAGAGCGGAGGGGACAGCAUGGUCGGGGAAGGGCCGGAGCGGGGGGCAGGCCCACAGGGCGGGCACCGCUCCUACUGGGCACAGUUUGUGACGGUGACGGUGCUGCUGUCGCUGACGCUGGCCGUAGCAAUGGCCAUGGCCGGCUUCUCCUACCACAACAGGCUCAAGGCCAAGAGCAAGGUGCAAGGAUGCAACACCCCCGAAGCCACCAAGGUGUCCAAUCAGGAGAAGGUGCCGCUGAACGGAGGCCGGAGCCCACCGCUACAAGGGCCCGUCCAGGACCCCAGGGACUGCUGUGUCCAGAUGGAGGGGCUGUACCAGGGCAUAGACGUGGACAACAACAGGUUAAACGCCAGCCUGGGGGCCGGGGAGGGCUCCUAAGGGGCAGCUCUGGAGAAAGCUUAGGCUGGCCGUGCCUGCCCCGACCCGCCUUUCGUCUCGAAAGCAGCCGCGUCGUGGUACCGAGCAGCCCUGCCAUAACAAACCAGUGUGUGUGGCUCAGCGCUUGGGAGCAACCCUACAAUAACAAACCUGUCUGCGUCCAGCCCCCAAAUUCAUAACAAACGUGAUAUCAGCUGGUGAGACCUUCCACAGGGCGCGCCCAGAAACUGCACCUGCUCCUCGUCAGCGUGCCAGCUGCUGCCGCCCGCCCAGGGGUGGGUCGCUCCACCGCUGAAGAGCAAUGGGCCCAGCCUGCCCCACUGCGCUGUCUGAGCACCACCAGCGGCCGAAUCGUGGGACGGGCGUUAAACAGAAAACAAAAUAAACCCUCCGCUUUUGGGUUUCCACAUCAAGCACGAGACGAACACGGAGCACGUCUGGGCUCUAGAUAACCAGGUUCAAAGGAGCUGGUGGGCAGAGUGGCUCUGGAGAGUGUGUGAGCCCUGCCUGGCUCGUGCCCAGCGCUGGGGAUUCCAGCAGGGAGCGACCCCGCUGUGAGAUCUGAAUGGGCCCAGUGUUGCUGUGUCUACAGAUCUAGGCUGCGUGCGUAGCUGCUGCCUCCCGGGCUGUUGCCUCCAGCGAUCGGUGGUUGGUGACGUCCCUGCACUGGCCUGGACUAGCUGGGAGCUGCCACGUCCGCUCCGCGAGAGCUGUGAACGAUGGCCAACGUGCAACAUCGCAGCUGCACGUUACCUGGCCAGCUCAGGCCUCCCCUGUGUGGGAUGCUCUUGGCGCCAGUCAGUGGCCGGGUGUAGCUCUGCCGGGGCCCAAUCCGGCUCCUCGCGGAUCUGAAUAUGGGGUCUAAUGUUCUGCCUUUGAGUGCAGGGUCAGCAGUUCAAAUCCAGCCCCGCUGGCAAUGAUCAGAUAGCUGAUCCUCGUUGGCCUGCGUGCAAUGAGCAGCUGGGCUCCCAGUCUGGUCCCUGCUAGGCCAGAGGUCUGGAUCAGAACAGCCAUUGCUAACUGGCCCCCUCAGCGGGGACACCGGAGAUGGCCCACAUCACGGAGACUGCGCUCUGCUCUGGGGGGGUGGCCUUCCAUCAGAGGGCAUUGUACUGUCACUCCCUGCUGUGUGUGGGCAGAGGGCUUUAGGGCCUGAUUCUCAUUUACACAACAGCCUCUUUACACCACUCUGGUCUGGUAACGGGGGCAUAAAUUAGCCACACCCCCUCUGCACUGCCGGAGUGGUACAAGGGGCCUUUUAGUGUAAGUGAGAACCAGGCUGAGUCCCUGGAGUUUUGGAGCCAACAGCCUGAAAAAUCGGCUUGGGGGGGUGGGGGAGGGGAGUUGCCAAGGGGCUUUGGGGAUGGGGAGGAGGCGGAGGUUGUGACCGAAUGUGAAGUUGUUGGUUUUUUAAUUUAAUGUUUUUAGAUUUAAGUUAAGCUUUUCCCGGUAGCAGCGAUCGAACCCCUUGUUUCACCACUUCCGUGGGAGGAACGCGGCUACCGAAACCAGCUCCGGGCCCGUAGCCACACUGACAAUGCCCAGUGACUGGGUUCGUAGCCUCGGCGCCAGGAGCGCAAACAUGGUGCGUUUUUUUGCACAAACCACUUGGUUGCACCCGGAGUUAAACGCAGCCAGGCCAGUGGAUUUCCCCGGGAAAGGCCUCGGAUUGCUCCCUCUCAAACGGGAUCGGGUUGCUCGUUUCUAAAAACCCUUCUUCAACCGCAUCAGUAUUAUUUUGUGAUGGAUAAAUUAACCCCUGCAUUGCUGGUCUGCUGCAGCUCUGACACUGCUAUUAUGCUUCAGUGAAAUCAGUGCAACACGGGAUGGGUUCACUUGUUACAUUUUCCAGCAGAGCAGGCGGGUUCUACCGGGAUAUCCAUGAAAAAUCCAGGCUUCUUUCUCGGUUACGCUCACACCCAUUAACCCUGCUCUGGGCAAGACUGGCUUCUAAGGCUCUGGGAGCCUGAUUCCCUUUUACAUCCUGGUCCUUUUACCCCGCUCUGGCAGGGUAGAUGAGAACCAGGCCUUGGAGAUUUCAGACACUGGGGCAGUUGCACGGUUGGCUUCCAGUGGCAAUGCCUGCGGGCCAUGAGGGUUGCAACAUAUCAGCGCAACUACGCUGAUGCUUGUCACCGGGGCAGAUCCUCAGCUUAUUGUACAAUAGCCACCCGAUCUGAGGUAAGAGCAUUGUCUGUGCUCUGUGACAGACCCAACGCCCUUACAAAAAAACACCCAAGCAAAACUCUUCCCUGGAACCUUUCCCUCUUUGAUUCAGGUCACUGGCUAAAAAUGAGGGUAUCUACCUGGAGAUCGCUAUGUGACCCUGAAAUCCUGCCGGAGACAAGGCCAGGGAGUUGUUACCAUGAUGCGGCUAGUCAAAGUGAACUCCAGGAGGGGCAGGGUUCAUUUGAACAAGCCACACUGAGGUAAAAGCUACCUGGGCCUGGUCUGCAUGUGGAUUUGAUGCUGAGGUACACAUGCCUUUCUGCAGUGCCUGUGUGUGCAACCUCCUGCUCUCAUUCCUGUGCCGGCUGCUGCUCUGUAACAAUGACUAGAUUCUUCAGUCAAGUGCCUGAGCUUUUACAGGCGGGACAAAGCCCAUUCUGUCUGUCUGUGUCGCUGAGCACCAGGGUCUGUGCCAUGUUGUCCAUACUGCAGUUAGAGUGACCAGACAGCAAGUGUGAAAAAUUGGGACGGGGGUGGGGGAUAAUAGGAGCCUAUAUAAGAAAAAGACCCAAAAAUCGGGCCAUCUGGUCACCCUAACUGCAAUGCCAAGCACAGCGUUCAGGCCUGAUCCUCCGCUGGUGUCAAUUAGCACAGCACCUUGGGCUGAUCUAUAUCCACUGGGGAUCUGGCACUAUUAACUUCAGUGGAGCUGAGCCAGUUUACACCCGCGUGGGAUCUGGCCCCAUUAACUUCAGUGGAGCAGGGCCACAUUACACCUGCUGGGGAUC